AUGGAAGCAGUAGGACUGGCUGUUGGGCUAGUCGGCAUUUUUAGCACCUGCUUAGAGGCUGUGCAAAGGAUCGAUUCGUACAAAACAGCUGGUCGCGACACGCGUCUGCUCCGCGCUCAGCUUAAUGCUACCAUGCAUCUUUUUGAGCGAUGGGGUGACAGUGUGGGAAUUGGCAAAGGAAAGCUAUCUGAUAAUCAUCAUCCAGCUCUUGAUGAUCCAAAGACAUUUUCUGUAAUCAAGAAUCUACUUGAGAGCUUUGAAGAGUUCUCCGCAGCCACGACUACAUACGAUGCCACGAGUCCAAGCGCCAUCCAAAGAGUUCCGUCGUUCACAUUGCCUGAUCCGUCCACAAAGAACGCGUCGAAACCUUCAACAUGGGAAAAGACAAGUUGGGCGUUGCGCGGGAAAUUGAAGCGAAGAAAUCAGGUUGAAGCACUUGCGUCGCUAGUAUCAGAACUUUACAAUAUCGUCUCCCCCGAAACUGCGGCUGUAGCUUCUGUGACCCAGAAGCCACUAUCACCUACUACCAGCGUCAUAUCCCAACAUGACAAAGCAGCUUUAGUCUCUGAUCAAAACCAUGGAUUGGCUGGUCAGCCUUGUGAUGUGCGAGCGAUCCUACUAGAAUUACAGCAGGAGCUGAAAGCCCAGGCAAUACGGGAAUCAUGUGCCUGGCUGGGAAGCCCACCCCCCAACCAUGUAUAUACCGAAUCAAAGGACAAGCGCCUCCAGGGAACUUGCGAAUGGAUGUUACAUCGCCAAGAAUUUCUGAAUUGGCAAGCGCCCUCGAUGUCUGACAGGCUGCUUUGGAUCAAGGGUCCUGCUGGGUUCGGUAAGACGGUACUCUGUGCUAGGCUGGUUGACGAAGUUGAGGAGACCACCGAGCGACCUAUGGCACACUUCUUCCUAUCGUCCAAGUUUGAAGGUCGAGAUGACCCGUUUUCUGCCAUUCGAUCAUGGCUAACAACAAUGAUAUCGAAGAACUCGAUUGCUCUUGAUACCAUAAGGAGGCAUCACAUCCCAGACUACGAACAGGUGGCAUCACACAUAACUAUUCUUCGACUUUUCCAGGACAUUGUUAUCAAACUACCAGGCUGCACCUUUAUUCUGGACGGCCUAGACGAAUGUACAGGGACGAAUGGUACCGAUUCAAAGUCCGUUACUUAUUUCCUCGAGCAGCUAAGAAAGGCCAUCUCCAACACAGGAACCAGGCUUCUCAUUUCCAGUCGUGGCGAUCCUAUCAUCCAACAAGGUCUUUGCUCAUUCCCUGGCUACACGGAGUAUACCAUCCAGUCAACAGAUGUGGGGCCUGAUCUCGGAAUAUACUCGUCUGCAGUUGUUGAAGCAAGGCUACCCAAUAAAGACGAGGCAACAAGAGGAUUCAUAGCUCAGAAGAUGAAGGACCGGUGCCAAGGACAAUUCCAGUGGAUCAAGCUCCAAGAAGGAUCAUUACGAAAGGGCCGAAGCAAGAGACAACUUGAAAGGGAAAUCGAUGAAACCCCAUCUGGUCUUGAUGGCCUAUACGACAGAGAGUGGAAAAGGAUCAUGUCAAUGGGAGCUACAGACAGAGACAGAGCUUUAAGUCUACUUCGAUGGGCUGCGUUCUCAAUGAGACCGCUAACAGUGUAUGAGAUCACCGAGGCUGUUCUUAUGACAGAUGACUGCCAAGAAUUUCCCUUUGAUGAGAUGCCGGACUCUAUCGAUAAAAAUUAUGUCGAUAGCAUGAUCUUGGAUCUCUGCGGAUCACUAAUCGAAGUGCGAUGUUCUCCGGUAAAUGAGGUGGAGCGAAAGAAGAACGACGACACAUCCGGUCUACUCCAGCAUAGUCUGGGUAAACAUCAUGUUGGAUUGCAGAAAGUCCACUUGACGCACUCUUCUGUCAAGGAAUACCUCCUCCCUAGAAUCUCCCUAAAUCAUGCCGACUCGCUUCUAAACAAAGGCCUUCGCGUUUCCUUUGAGCGGCUCGAGAAUGCGACCCUCAGCAAAUAUUGUAUUUGUUAUCUUAAUCUUCCAGGAGCUUGGGAUGACUGGCAGAUGGGACACGAAAGGUCCGCAAUGCGGUUUCUAUUAUAUGCAUCUACUUUCUGGCUGCCACACUACGACAUGGCCGGGACGCCCGAUACGAAUUUGCAAGACGAAGUCAAUGCUUUCUUUGAUGCUCGAAAUCAAAGUUUUGAUUCGUGGAGAAGCUUGUGGAGGGCUACCUACCUGACGCACGUUGAAGGUCUCGAUAAUUGUUUGCCAACGGGGCCACUCGAACUUGCAAUUUUUCUCAGAUUGAAAGACGUUGCCAAGCACAUCAUAAAUGAGCGGAAAUAUGACUUGAAACACCGUUCGAAGCACAACAUGUCAGCCCUGCACUACGCCUGCGCGUUAGGUGACCAAGAGACUGCGGAAUUGCUUAUCGAUAGUGGUUCAGAGGUUGAUAUCAAGACUGAUAAGGGUGAAACGCCUCUUAUAUUAGCCAUCGACGUUGGGAGUAACAGUGUGGCGGAAUUGCUCAUUUCCAGAGGCGCAGACAUCUCUCUGAAUAACAUCGAAGGUAGGACGCCACUUCAUCUGGCAUCACGACACGGAGACUUGAAGAUGGUCAAGCAACUCAUCGAGAGUGGAGCGAAGAUCGCAGCUUCAACAAACCACAACUAUACACCACUCCUUUAUGCUGCUGUGAACGGCCACUCUGAGGUAGUCACUUUACUUCUCAAUGAGGGCGCACAACUGAGUGACGCGAACGAAAAUGGAUUCACGUCGGUUCAUAUGGCUUCUUCUAACGGGCACUACAAUCUUGUCAGGCAGCUUGUUAAUCGAGGUGCGGAUAUAGCAGCUUUGACGAAGGAUGGCUACACGCCACUUAUGAUGGCUUCUGCCAAAGGCCAUGUCGAAGUAGUUGAGAUACUUCUGGAACACGGUGACGAUUGCCGUAAACAGAGCAAGAAGGGUUACUCAUCGCUUCAUUUGUCUUCUACAAAUGGCCACUUCGAAGUAGUCAAGCUACUCCUCGAGAGGGGCGCAGAUUGGCGUUACGCAGGUGAGGAAGGAUUGACUUCAAUCUACCUGACCGCUGUGAACAACCAUGUGGACGUGGUCAACAUACUUCUCGAAGAAGGCGCAAGCUUCAACGCGAGCCGCAAUGCAAACUAUGGAUUGUCUCUACUUUGUGUAGCUGCCAUGAGGGGAUUUCUUGACUUGGCUAAACUGAUUAUCAACAAGGCUGCAUCUGUGGAAGAAAGGAGCGUUGGACCUCUCGAGGCUACCCCUUUGUGCCUAGCUUCUUCUGCAGGUCAUCUAGAGAUGGUGAAACUCCUUUUGGAGAAAGGCGCCGACGUCAAUGCAGUUUCAACAGAUCUAGUCACGCCACUCCACGAGGCUGUCAUGAACGGCCAUUAUGAUGUAGCGAAGCUAUUGAUUCAGGAAGGUGCUGAUUUGAGCGCCAAAACCGAGUGGGCUGGGUUUACACCUCUUAUUGGAGCGUUAGAUAAGCGACAUAUGGAAGUUUCUGCACUACUCCUUGAUAAUGGAAGUCCCGUAACUUCGGCCAGCGAAACACUGUGCACGCCUCUUCACAUGGCUGCUUGGCGUGGUGAUACCGAACUCAUCCAGCCGCUCCUCGAUAAAGGGGCAAAUAUCGCCGCCAAAGACAGGAAUAACAAUGAACCAAUCCAUUUUGCUGCGCAGGCUGGUCAUUUGAAUGUUACCAGACUACUUCUCCAGGAGGGCGCAAAUGCAACUGCCAAAGAUCUGUACGGGGAAAGUGCGCUGUUUUAUGCGGCUGAGUACGGCCACGAGUCGCUGGUAGAACUGUUGACCACUGAAGACUAUUCUGAACUUACAACAACAGACAACUUUUCUCGCACGCCUUUACACUACGCUUGUAAAGAGGGACAUCUUCAGAUUGUCGAGUGGAUGCUAGGGAUGUUACAAAAGACACCAGAAACCAUUGACAGGCCUGAUUACUGGGGCUCAACUCCAUUGUCUAUGGCAGUUAGGAAAGGACACGCCGGCGUUGUCAAACUUUUGCUUGAUACCCAUGCUGUCGACAUUGGCUCCACGGAUAAGUUCGGCAGGACAUUGGAUUGGUGGGCGACAGGGCAGGGACACAGUGAGACUCUGAGGCUGCUUACCAAACAGAAUCAAAGUCGAGAUCUAAAGGGUGAAGCUGAGGUUGAGAAAGGGGAAAGCCAG